UGUCUCCGCAGAUGCAGCCUGGUCCAGCGAUCGUGGUGGGGUCGUUCAGUUUUCGCGGGUCGCGCUCUUUUUCUUCUUUUGGAGACGUCCCGUGGCCGAGAACCAAAUUCUGGAGUUCUGUCGGCUCUUCUUCCCUCCUUAGGACUCACUUUGCCCCGUACCAGGGAGGACAGCAGCGAUGUCUGCGCUGCGACCUCUCCUGCUUCUGCUGCUCCCUCUGUGUUCUGGUCCAGGACCGGGACCCGGGAGUGAGGCAAAGGUCGUCCGGAGUUGUGCAGAGACUCGGCAGGUGCUGGGAGCCAGGGGAUAUAGCUUAAACCUAAUCCCUCCCUCCCUCAUCUCAGGUGAGCACCUCCAGAUCUGUCCCCAGGAGUACACCUGCUGUUCCAGUGAGACAGAGCAGAAGUUGAUCAGGGAUGCUGAGGUCACCUUUCGUGGCCUGGUGGAGGACAGUGGCUCCUUCCUGGUUCACACACUGGCUGCCCGGCACAGAAAGUUUAAUGAGUUUUUUCGGGAGAUGCUGUCCAUAUCCCAGCAUUCCUUGGCCCAGCUCUUCUCGCACUCCUAUGGCCGCCUGUAUUCCCAGCACGCCCUCAUCUUCAAUAGUCUGUUCUCUGGCCUGCGGGACUACUAUGAGAAGUCUGGUGAGGGGUUAGAUGACACCUUGGCGGAUUUCUGGGCACAGCUCCUGGAGAGAGCCUUCCCUUUGCUGCACCCACAGUACAGCUUCCCCCCUGACUUCCUGCUCUGCCUCACUCGUCUCACCUCAACUACUGAUGGCUCUCUGCAGCCCUUUGGGGACUCACCUCGCCGCCUCCGCCUACAGAUAACUCGGGCUCUGGUGGCUGCUCGGGCCUUUGUCCAGGGUCUAGAGACCGGAAGAAAUGUGGUCAGUGAAGCACUUAAGGUGCCCAUGUCGGAAGGCUGCAGGCAGGCUCUGAUGCGUCUGAUCGGCUGCCCCCUUUGUCGGGGAGUCCCUUCGCUUAUGCCCUGCCGGGGUUUCUGCCUCAAUGUGGCCCAUGGCUGUCUCAGCAGCAGGGGACUGGAGCCUGAAUGGGGCGGAUAUCUGGAUGGUCUCUUGCUGCUGGCUGAGAAACUCCAAGGACCCUUUUCCUUUGAGCUGGCUGCGGAGUCCAUUGGGGUGAAAAUCUCAGAGGGUUUGAUGCACCUGCAGGAGAACAGUGUAAAGGUGUCAGCCAAGGUGUUUCUAGAAUGCGGGACCCCCCAUCCGGUGCAAGCUCGUAACCGUCGUGCCCCAGUGUCCCGGGAAGAGACCAGCCGGUCAUGGAGGGUGGUAGCCGAGGAGGAGCGGCCUACGACGGCGGCAGGCACUAACUUGCACCGGCUGGUGUGGGAGCUCCGUGAGCGGCUGGGCAGAGUGCGGGGCUUCUGGGCGGGGCUGCCCCUGACAGUGUGCGGGGACAACCGCAUGGCCGCAGACAUCUCGCAGGAGGCUGCACCCUGCUGGACCGGAGUUGGGAGAGGCCGGUACCUGUCGCCUGUGGUCGUGGGCUCCCUGGCCGAGCAUCACAACCCGGAGUUGGAGGCCUCGGGUCCCGACGUCCCGACCAGGCGGCGGAGGCUGCAUCUUCGUGCCGCUACGGCCAGGAUGAAGGCAGCUGCGCUGGGCCAGGACCUGGACAUGCAUGAUGCAGAUGAGGAUGCCAGUGGUUCUGGAGGGGGACAACAGUAUGCAGAUGACUGGAAGGCUGGGGCAGCACCUGUGGUUCCCCCAGCCCGGCCUCCAAGGCCUCCUCGCCCUCCUCGAAGGGAUGGGCUUGGGGGCAAAGGAGGAGGGGGCAGUGCUCGAUACAACCAGGGCAGGAGCAGGAGUCGGGGUACCUCUGUUGGUCUCCACAUCCCACCCACCAUCAUUCUCUUCCCCUCAGCCCUGGCUCUGCUUGGAUCACGAUAACCAGGGAGGGGUGCCCUAGCAACAGAAGGGUUAAUGGUCUUUUCCCUCCACCCCCCUCAGCUGGGCAAUGAAGUGUGGAAGGGUAGAAAAGGAACUUUGUGGGUGAAUGGCUGGGGCCCCAAGUUUAGGCGUUUCCCAUUGGUGGGUUGGGGGUAGAUGGGUGUUCACAAUAUUUAUUUUUUCAUUUGGUAACUGGGGGUAUUUAUUUAGGAAGGGGGUGUGGUUCAGCCCUCUUAAGGCUGGGGCUCAUUCAUGCAAAAUGGGGGGGGGGGGGUUCGAGAUCCAGGUUAAAGGAAUUUGGGAAUGGGGGGAUGGAACUCUUAACAGAGUUGAGAGUACCUGGUGUCAGAAGUGCAUCAAA